AUGUCUACUAAGGCGAGUUCAGGAGUUCCUCCUGCGAAGGAUGCAGAGGAACAGGUUGACAGCGCGAGCGAGGUAUAUGAAGAGGAUGGCGAAGAAGAAUCAUCGGGUGAUGAGCAGAAAACUGGAGCUUCGGACCAACAGCCUCAACGCACGGAGGAGGGCGUGGAAGGCGAGGACGAUGAAGACGAAGAGGAGCGUGGGGAAGGGGAAAACCUUGAACCUGAAGAGGACUCGGAGGAGGACAGCGACGGCGAUGACGAUGUUCAAGAGGUUGAUCUCGAUGACGAUGAUGGGGAAGAAGUAGAUGAACAGGGAGCUGAGGAUGAUGAAGAGGAUAUAGAGCAACUGGAAGAUGAUGAAGAGGCCGACGUCGAGGAGCCCGAAGCCAAGAGGGCACGGACCUGA